AUGCCUUCACUCACUACACCUGUGGUCUCUUCACCUGUUAUUUACCCGUCUGUUACGUCCGAGUUUGAAGCUGCCAAUCAGAAAUUCGCUGCGACGUUUACUCAGUCCCAUCUGCCUGGUCCACCCCGUCGAAAAGUCGCAGUGGUAGCGUGUAUGGAUAGCAGAUUGGAUGUAGAAAAGGUACUCGGAUUGGAUAUCGGCGAUGCGCACGUCAUCAGAAAUGCCGGUGGUCGCGCAGUAGAAGCCCUCCGAUCAAUCCUAAUCUCUCAGCAAUUAUUGGGAACGCGUGAGAUAAUCAUUAUGCACCAUACCGGCUGUGGCAUGCAGAGCUUCUCCGACACGGAUUUCCGAGCCAAGAUCCGGCAAGAGAUGCAUGAAGAUGUGGACCAUAUGGCUUUUCUUCCUUUUUCCGAUUUACGACAGAGUGUUAUUGAUGAUGUUGCUUUUCUGCGAAAGAGUCCUUUGAUUCUGGAUGUUCCUAUCACUGGGUAUGUUUAUGAUGUCAAGACGGGCAGAAUUGAACAGGUUGAUGAGAGGGCAGACUCUGAGUGUUCCAGCCCUUGA